AUGCAGCGGUUUCACGAGGAUCGUCAAAAAGCAUUAGAACAUGGCCGCGUUGGACUUGAAUGUACCGGAAGCAAUGUAUUGAUGGAGCGCAUCAUUCAAGAUGAGAUUAAUUCAUUGCUCGCAUGCGAACAUGUUAGUACGAGUGAACUGAAUGAAGCGAUUGAAUCGCUUGAGAGAUUUCGGGAAGAAGUGCUUCAGGAAGGCUAG